UAUGCUUCUCUCCAUCAGUGCAUUAUAACUCCAUUUUUGGAUCAACCAGUAAAAAAGAGUUAGCAAGAAAGGAAAAAUGAAUCAGAACACUUACCUCUCUGUUUUCUUGUUCAUCUUCCUCUUCCAAUGCACUGCCAUUCUUUCUCAGUCUCCAGCACCAGCCCCGGCACCACCUGGUCCGACGAAUAUCACUGCCAUACUUGAAAAGGCUAGCCAGUUCACGACGUUCAUCCGGCUGUUGAAGAGCACACAGACGGCUGACAGGAUCACCUCAGAGCUCAAUGGCACAAACCAGGGCCUGACUGUCUUUGCUCCCACAGACAGUGCUUUUUCCAAUCUGAAAACAGGGACCCUCAACUCCUUUGACGACGAACAGAAGUCUGAGCUGAUUAAUUUCCACAUGCUCCCAAUGUUCUUCUCUGUCUCGCAGUUUCAGACUGCCAGCAAUCCCCUCCGCACACAGGCUGGUGGCACUAGCGACAGGGAGUUCCCACUGAACAUCACCACCUCGGGGAAUUCUGUGAACAUAACUACAGGGAUUGUCAAUGCCACAGUUGCCAACACAAUAUACACUGAUAACCAGCUAGCUGUGUAUCAAGUUGAUAAAGUGCUGCUUCCCUUGAAAUUCUUUGUGCCACCGGCUCCAGCUUCGGCUCCUGCACCUUCAAAGCCAAAAAAGGGAUUGCGAUCUGCAGCUUCUUCCUCUGGAUCAGAUGAUGACGCCCCGGCUGACUCCUCUGGUGUUACCUGUGUCAUUCAAAAGGUGUUGCAGGCAAUAGCCUUUGUCUUUGCUGCAUUUUUCUUAUACUUGUGAGAGACUGCAGCUGUUAUUUUAUUGUGAUCUUGUGUGCUAAUGCUGUUGUGAGUUUCAUAUAAGUAAAUCAUUGUUUUCAAGUGAAAAAAUAUAAACAUCAAAUUUUAUUUUAUUACUUCAAA